AGUUCUAUCGGAUUUGCUGGCGUCAUAUUGCAUAUAUAAAGGGGGACCUGUCUUACAGCGCGAAUUUGUUCACAUCCAGGUGUGCUAUAGACUAGUGUCACAGAACACGACCUCGCACUUUUAUCGUUCUUUUUCGAUCGGAAUGCUUUUAAAAAUGGAUUUCUUGUUCGCGUUUACUGUUUUUGCCAUGGUCAUGACUGUCGUCGAAGGACAAACAACUGAAGACGACUGGAGAAUGAACAAGAAAAAGUUCAAUAAAAAUUAUUUCAUUCCGGCUGACAAUGGAAAACUGGAUAGAAUCCACAAGCAAAUCUUCAUCAAAAGAAAUGAACAAAUCAAACUACACAACAGCAACCCGUUCGCUAAUUACAGAAGAGAAGUCACUCUCUUCAGCGACAUGCUACUGGAGGAAUUUCAAAAAUUUCUUGGCGUCAAUAAAAAUGCCAUCCCUCCUCAUACGAAGCAGGCCGUGUCCCUUAAACCUGACGGUUCGGAUAUUACCGAUCCGGACGUUCCUUCCAGGCUGGACUAUCGAUUCGACCCCUGCUUGCCGGAUAUUAAAAAUCAAAACAGGUGUAGAGCUUCCUGGGCUUUCAGCGCAACAACUCCGAUCGAAUUCGCUCUCUGCAAGUUAAACAAAAACAUUUCGGUGACUUUGAGCGAGCAACAGCUGAUCGAUUGCGACCGCGGUGGUUUGAACAAGGGUUGCUACGGUGGUUUUCCAAUGACAGCGAUAGAGUCCACCAUGCUUACAGGAAUUGCGAGAGAAUCACGUUACUCUUACAAGAAAACUGGUGGCCAGUGCAAAUACGUUGCCAAUAUGAAGGCGGCGAGCGUCGAGUUAUGCAAUUACAUCGAGGGCGGAAGCAUCGUCGACAUGAAAUACGCUCUGACCAAGUUGGGACCAAUUUCAGCCACUAUGACCGUCACGGAUUCUUUUGCCGACUACGGGAGUGGCGUCUACGAUAGCAACGAUUGUGACGGGCAAGACCCCAAUCAUGCUGUAGUCAUCGUCGGCUGGGGCAAUCAAAACGGAAUGGACUACUGGAUCGGCCGCAACUCAUGGGGACCCCUUUGGGGCGAAGAAGGCUACUUUCUAAUCCAGCAAGGCGUCAACAAAUGCGGAAUCGAAACCUAUCCAGUUUUUGUUAAAUUAUCCUGAGUGGGCGUGCCGUGUGCGCGAUUAUUUAAACAAAAUAUUUAUUGCCAUUUAUAAAUUAUAACAAAAGUGUAACAUUUCAAAUUAGCAAAAAAUAUAACUAACUAGCCCAGUA